AGUUACCCGGGAGACUAAUGUUGUAACACGUGGAAAGUUCCGGAUUCUGUAAAGGUCGCUGUGGUAUAAAGCAGCGUGACAGCGUUUUUAUUGAAACUCGGAUAAACUGAUCUAAUUGUUCAACAUGCCGAGAGGAAGCAGAAGCAGAACGUCAAGGAUGCCCCCUCCAGCCAGCCGGGCACCACCGUCACCACCACCUAUGGCCAGGGCUGCGCCCCCUCCCUCCCAUGUCCCGGCUCCAAUGCAGACUCCUCCGUCCGCUGUUGGUAUGCCAGCCGCAGCACCCAGGCAGCCAGGUAUGUUUGCCCAGAUGGCGUCUACAGCUGCCGGGGUGGCAGUAGGCUCUGCAGUAGGCCACACCAUCGGCCAUGCCAUGACUGGAGGUUUCAGCGGAGGACACUCGGAGGCUGCCAGGUCUGACGUCACAUACCAGGAGCCAUACCAGGCCCAGCCCAUGUACCAGCAGGGGGCUCCGCAGCAGCAGCCUCAGGCCUGCUCCUACGAACUCAAGCAGUUCAUUGAGUGUGCCCAAAACCAGAGCGACCUGAAGCUCUGCGAGGGCUUCGGCGAGGUGCUCAAACAGUGCAGGUUUGCUAAUGGUCUAUCAUGAGAGAAGACUGUAGCUGCAGAAUGAAGAUGACAUCUGCUGUGAAUAUUAUUAAAGAUACUGGGAAGAUGUAAUUCACAAUCAAUAAACAUGUUUUAAUAUGACA